GGAUCCCAGGGAUCCCAGGGACCAGCAGGGGCAACUGGAUUAACUGGAAUGACAGGAUCUACUGGUAGGAAAGGUAUCCAAGGUGGUACUGGCUAUCCAGGUGAUGUUGGCAACACAGGUGCUACAGGACAACCAGGUGUCGCUGGUUCAACAGGUGCGAUAGGAUCUCUAGGAAAUACUGGAUUUAAAGGGCAGCCUGGGCUUCCGGGGAACCCAGGUAUUGUGGGAGUCACGGGAUCGAAAGGAACACCUGGAUCAACUGGGGUUAUUGGUUUUUCUGGGCCAACUGGUGCAACAGGUGUGACCUCAUUUUAUGAUAUUAAGGAUUUGUAUCUAUUAAAAACAUUUUACGAUCUUCAUCAAAAAUACAAUUAUUAUUAA